UGCGUUUAAAUAAUGUCUUUUCGAAAUUUUUCUUAAUCUUAUGUUUUAAAAUUGUUAUUUUAUCUCAAUUAAAAAGUGCGUCAAUUAUAUUGUGCACUCUUAUAUUUGCGCCUUCAGUCGUGCGUAUAUUAUUAAUGUCACAUCUGUUUAUAAUUGUUUUAUAUAUCUUUUAUUAUUGUUUUUCAUACAUUGUUGCAAAUGUCAUGAUCUGUAUCUUCAUUCGUAUAUAAUUUAUUGAAUUAUUACUCGAUGAUGUGAGAUCGAGUGAGAACUUAUGUAUAAUGGUAUUCGAUAAUCAAUAUCUCGCACUUGUAAAAUAUUUGGAUAACAGGGGUCUGUAACGAUGUAAUACAGAUAAAAACAAAACGUUAUGAAAAAACGAUAAAAAGUAAUGGAAACAUUUGCUUUUCAGUUUAAAUUAAUAAGUAUAUGUUAUGUAAGUAGAAUUGUCAAAAUUCUCUGCUGAUUGAAAUAAAUCAAAAACGUUCUUCAUUAUUUGCUUAUCGAAUGUUAUAUAAUGUCUAUCCACAAAAAAUAACACACAUUGAUCAAUUAUUAUAAUAUGUAUUAUUUUACGAAAUUUUAGAAAUACAUUCAAAUUAUUGAUAUAUUGUAUUACAAAACUAUAUAUAUAUAUAUAUAAUAUAAAAGUGUUGAUCGAAAGAUUAACGUUGCUGAUCUCUUCGUUUUGUAUAGAAUUAAAAGAUAUAUAUUCGAGAAGAAGAAAUAGAGAGAAAUAAAGAUAUGUAAAAUACAUAAAGAAAAAUACAUAUAUAGAGAUAAUAAUCAGCCUUAUGCAAAGUACUUGACGAACGAUACAGGUGUUCGGGUCAGAUCUGUGGAUUGAUUUGUGGGAUCAAGUGUUCAACAAAAUUAAAUAUAUAAUGACGUUGUACCUGUAUAUGUUUUCGAAGGUUUUUGACGAUAAUAAUAUGUAUGUAUAUACCUUUUCUUAUGCGCUUGAUUGAAUUGUAUUGACAUUAAUAAUCGUGAUUAAACAGACGAAAAUCGCGCAUUACUUUCGACAGAGCAUAUAUAUAUCGUGUGUAAGAAUGAAAUUUUGGUACUACGUUUUUACGUACUAUCGAAGGAAUCGACCCUGGUUAUGAGAUGAAUCGUUGGAUAUUCAUUUUCGCGGCUUUGGCCGCUUUGGCUUCGGCAGCCAAUUCAAAAAAGAAGAUCGUAUGCUACUUCGGUAGCUGGUCCGUUUAUCGACCUUCGGAUGGCAAAUUUGACAUCUCUUACAUUCCACCGCAGCUUUGCACUCAUAUGAUCUAUACUUUUGUCGGUAUCACUUCGGACGGCGAUAUCAAAGUUUUGGACUCGUGGCAAGAUCUAACCGAAAAUUGGGGCAAGGGCGGCUUCCACAAUUUUAACAAGCUUCGGGAACAGAGUCCGGGAACUAAAACGCUCAUCGCCAUCGGUGGAUGGAACGAGGGAUCCGCUAGGUACUCCGAGGUCGUCGGCGAUCCGAUUCGUCGCUCAAGAUUUGUCAAGAAUGCCGUUGAAUUCGUAAAGAAAUACAAUUUUGAUGGUUUCGACCUUGAUUGGGAAUAUCCUAACCAGCGUGGUGGCAAGCCAGAGGAUGUGCAGAAUUUCGUACGUCUACUUGAGGAAAUGAGACCUGAAUUUGAUAAACACGGGCUUCUUCUCAGCGCUGCCGUUGCCGCUGCCGAGCCUUCGGCUUCUCUAUCCUAUGAUAUCCCCAAAUUGUCCAAAUAUUUAGAUUUCAUCAACAUUAUGGCAUAUGAUCUUCAUGGUGCUUGGGAGAAAACAACUGGUCUUAAUGCUCCGCUUUAUCCGCGCAAAGGCGAGUCUGGAAAUGAUCUUAAACUCAACGUUGAUGCGUGCGUACGUUAUUGGUUGAAGAGUGGUUGCGCGCCCGAGAAGCUGAUUCUCGGUGUGGGAUUCUAUGGUAGGGCAUUCACUCUCACCGACAAAAAUCAGAACGGUCUUGGAGCUCCUGCCAAAGGACCUGGUACUGCUGGUCCGUAUACUCGUGAGGCUGGAAUGCUCGGCUACAAUGAGAUUUGCGACUUCUUGAAACAGGGUGGAUGGACGGUUGUCCGCGAUGCAGAGGAUAGCACUCCAUACGCUUUCAAGGGUGAUCAAUGGGUUGGCUAUGACGAUGUAAUUUCCCUUAACCAGAAGAUGGAUUACGUCAAUUCCUUGAAUCUCGGUGGUGCGAUGUUAUGGAGUAUCGAGACCGAUGAUUUCCGUGGCAAAUGCGGUGAAAAGUAUCCUCUACUGAAAACAUUGAAUGUCAAACUAAGAGGAGAAAUUCCGAUAGAACCGCCUAAACCGACGGAAGUGCCUAACAACACAAAUUCGCCUAAGCCAACUGCACAACCGACACAACCACCAGCGACUGCUCCUCCCACAGGUAAUUGCAAGAAACCUGGUUUUAUCCGUGAUGAAAAAGACUGCAGUGUAUUCUACCAAUGCGUGGAUCAGAAUGGCGCUUACCAAAUAGUAAAAUUCACUUGCCCAAAUGGUCUAGCUUUCGAUCCCAGCAUCAACGCUUGCAACUUUAAAAAUCUUGUUGAUGGAUGCAAAUAAUGAUAAGAAACAGCUAUCAUGUAUAUGUAACGCUUCUGUCUAUUAUAUGGUGAGCAAGGCCAUAUAAUAAACAAAUACGUAUACGUGUACAAUUUGUAAUACUUAUAUAAAUAUAAUCGUUAAAUAAACAUUUUUCAUCCUUAUUUUUUCUCGCGUUGUUUAUAAAUACCAUA